CGUGCUUAGUUUACCAGAGCGCCUGUGCCCGGCUCCGUUGCGUCGGGGCGGCGUCGACAUUGACCGGUGGCUGGGGUCAGCCGGCCGAGCUGCUUACACAACGACGAGUCGCUUGCCGUCUGACAUCUGUCUGCCCUCUGCCCUCUGGCCAAGUGCCCUUUCUUCUGCCGGCGGAGGCGUUGGCCCACGGCUUCCGACCUACGGCCCACGGGCUGCGGCCUGCGGGCAACGAGGCAACGGAGGCACCGCUGGAUCGAGGCACGCGUCAUUCCUCCUGCAUGUUGUGCAUACCGCCCUGAACCUGAUGACGAGAGCCGGCUUGUUAUUCCUUGCGUGUGGCGGCGGCGUCGGUGCAUUAACACGUGCGUAUUCCCCACUGCCUGCCCAAACUCUCCUUCUCGCCACUGACUCCGGCGUCGCCUCCGUGUCGUCAAGCACCUCGGAUCUCUCGUGUUGGAAUGCAUCGUGUUGCCUGGCACCGUUCCUACGCCUGUCCGUCUGCGUCGUCCCCGCGGCCGGUAAACGUCAACACUAGGACAGUACAAGACUGCGAACAAGUCGGGUCCGCAGAGCGCCGAUGUCGGCCGACCCCGCUCGUUCUGAAUUUUGAUUCAAUUGAGGUGUGGUGUGUGUUAGUCUGAUGAUCGGCACCAUUGCCUCCCGUCCCAGCGCAGUGGAGCUUGGCAGCUAGCCCUGCCCUGUCGAUCAGCGUGAUGCAGU